AUGCUCAGCAAUGCUUCCUGCAUCACCAACAGCUUAGCACCCCUGACCAAGGUCAUCCCUGACAACUUUGACAUCAUGGAAGGACUCAGGACUACAUUUCAUGCCAUCACUGCCACUCCGAAGACUGAGAAUGGAUCCUCUGGAAAGCUGUGGUGUGAUGGCCAUGGGACUGCUCAGAACAUCAUCCCUGCAUCUUAUGGUGCUGCCAAGGCUGCGGGCAAGGCCAUCCCAGAGCUGCACAAGAAGCUCACUGGCAUGGUCUUCCAUGUCCCUACCACCAAUGUGUCCAUUGUGGAUCUGACAUGCCACCAAGAGAAAGCUUCUAACUAUAAUGACAUCAAGAAGGUGAUAAAGCUGGCAUCCAAGGGCCCACUAAAGGACAUGCUGGGCUACACUGAGGACCAGCUCAUUUCCUGGUAUUACAAUGAAUAUGGCUACAGCAACAUGGUGGUGGACCUCAUGCUCUAUGUGGCCUCCAAGGAGUAA